UUCAGUAGUGAUCCAGAGAAAGAAAGAGAAGAGAAGAGGGAUGGAGAAUGCUGAGAGUUCAUCGGAGGAGUUACAUAAUAGUAACAAUGAUACUGAAGGAUAAAAAAGAAAUCGACGACGGAGAAAUUAAAGCUCCUCUAAUAUGUUUGCUUUGGCUCUUAAGUUUGGCGCUGCCGUGGCAGGAGGUGCUCUAUUGGCUCUAGGUGCUCUGAGUUUAGGAUCCCAAUCUCAAGAACUUGAACCUCUUGUUUCAACAGGAGAAAGAUAUGAAUCUAAUUCUUCUCCGGUUACAACAAGAGAGAGAAAUAACAUAUGUAUUUCUCCAACCAAGAUCAAGAUCAAGAUCAUGAGCUAUAACGUUUGGUCCCGUGAAGAUGUUGAAGUGGAAGAGAGAAUAAAAGCUCUCGGCAGAUUGGUACAAGAGCACUCACCGGACGUCAUUUUCUUUCAGGAGGUAACUCCACGUAUCUAUAAACUAUUUCUGAGUUCAAGCUGGUGGCAUUUGUAUAAGCACUCUUCAGUUUCACCAGAGGAGGCAGAAAAAGGAAAAUAUUUCUGUAUGCUGUUGAGCAAAGUAAGAGUGAAAAAUUUUAUCUCGAUUCCGUUCAAGAAUUCAUCUAAUGAAAAAGGUCUACUUUUAGCUGCAAUCGAGAUCGGUUUGCAAAAGACACUCAUUGUUGCAACAAGUCAUCUCAAGAGUCCGAAUCCUCCGGAGAUGCAUUCGAAAAAACGAGUAUCUCAGGCAAAGGCAGCUCUCGGGUAUCUUCAGCUUUUCCCGAAUGUGGUAUUUGGUGGUGACAUGAAUUGGGAUGAGAACAUAGACGGAACUUUUCCUCUACAAGGAGUGUGGAAAGAUGCAUGGACAGAAUUGAGAGGAGGAGAAGAUGGAUGGACUUUUGAUACAAAAUCAAAUCCAAUGCUGCAAUGUAGUUAUCCUCUGCAGAAAAGAUUAGACAGGUUUGUCUGCAAAUUGGAAGAUUGCAGUAUGAAGAAUGUAGAAAUGAUCGGAAAGAAGCCAAUUCCGGGGAUGUUCCAUCACAACAAGGGGAAGGUACUCCCUGUUCUUCCUAGUGAUCAUUAUGGCCUCAUCUUGACCAUCUCUGUUAAUGUGUGAGGUGAAAAGUGUUUGUGAUUAUAUAUUGGGAUGAAUUAAAUAAGCACACAUCGAGUAAUAUCUUGUAUUUAUAUGUAAAAAUACUUGUAUCUGAACGUCAUGGUACGGUAUAUGGACUUAUCUUGUAUCUUUGUAUUGAAUGGAGUAACUUUAUAUAGUUUGUAUAUUCGACUCUGUAACAAA